AUGAGCGCGACAGCGGCAUGGCUCCCGCUCCUCCUCGUGCCAGCCCUGGCAGCCGCCCUGGCCGUCGACCCCGACAGCCGCAGGCCCGCUCCCCAGCCUCGGCGGGCGUCGUCCUCGCUCGUCGACGGCUGGCAGUCUGCGUGCGGUGGCAGGGGCGACGCGACCGACGAGGGGCUCCUCGGCCAGUGCGCGGCGUGCAGGCUGUCGGGCAUGGACGCCCCCCGGAUCUACGUCGUGGAGUCCAAGGAUGGCCUCGGCUCCAGGCUCCACGACGUGAUCGCUGGCAUGGCAAUCGCAUCCAAGAUGGGCAUGGUUCUGGGCGGAGUUACUUUCAGAGGGCAGGGUAAUGGUUGUCAUGUGUCGCACGGCGUCGACAUCAUGAAAGUUGCCGGUGUCCUGUUCGGCUUGGAGGACCCACGGUUGUUGUUCACGGGUCGCCCGCCGAAGUUCGACCAGGUUUGGCCGGGGCUUUUGGCGCUCGAAUCGGGCACGAGGAGGUUCGUUCCAAAGCCUAAAGAGAACAUCUUUAUCGCCAACCACUGCGUCGCAUGCGAGGUUGACGCAGUCCCUGGCAUCUCCAGGCAUGGUACAACCUGGUAUCCCCAGGCGCGAUACUAUUCCGAGCGAUUUCUGGGACAGUUGCGCAAUGCGUCUCGCAUUUGGAGAGAGCCAUUGGCGUUCGAAAGAGGCUCGACGUCUGUAGCGAUCCACGUCAGGCGCGGCGACGUGGACCCUGCCGACAAGCUCAGAGGCACCAGUGACCUCUGGUACCUCAGCCUCAUGGAGCAGUUGAGAAGGCUCGCGCCCAACGCGGACAUACAUGUGUUCAGCUCCCUGGAGGCAGGGAGGCAAAGCUCUGAGUUCGACGCCUACCGCUCGCGGGGCGCCACGGUGCACUUGGAUGGCGACCCUCUGGAGGCUUGGGCACACUUCGCCGCUGCCGAUGUCUUCGUCAUGGCCAAGAGCAGUUUCUCGCAUGUGCCCGCGCUUCUGAACGGCAACUGCGUGGUCUACCAGCCGUAUUGGCACCGGAAGUUGAAAGAGUGGGUGAUUGUUGAGGCGAAUCACACCGCGCCGCUCAGCGCUGCGGCCGUGAAGGCACUGCACGGCUGCAUUGGUAACAAGAGCGCACGCCAAAACAAUCGCAAGGUGUAG